GACCAGGGCAAAUGGACGCUACUCCGCAACGUCAACCAGGCCCUGAAGCCCACCACCAUUUUAGCGGGGGAUUAUGUGUGGAUGGACCUCAAAACCGGACGGGAAUUCGAUGUCCCCAUUGGAGCGGUGGUUAAACUGUGUGACUCUGGACAGAUCCAGGUUGUGGAUGAUGAAGGCAAUGAGCACUGGAUUUCCCCUCAGAAUGCCAGCCACAUCAAACCCAUGCACCCCACCUCCAUCCAUGGCGUGGAGGACAUGAUCCGCCUGGGGGACCUGAACGAGGCAGGAAUCCUCAGGAACUUGCUGAUCCGCUAUCGGGAGCACCUCAUCUAUACAUACACUGGUUCAAUACUGGUGGCAGUAAACCCCUACCAGCUCCUACCCAUCUACUCGCCUGAGCAGAUACGCCUGUACACCAACAAAAAGAUCGGUGAGAUGCCACCACACAUCUUCGCUAUUGCUGACAACUGCUACUUCAACAUGCAGCGCAACAACAAGGACCAGUGUUGUAUCAUAAGCGGUGAAUCCGGAGCAGGGAAGACAGAAAGCACAAAACUGAUUCUGCAGUUCCUGGCAGCCAUCAGCGGUCAACACUCCUGGAUUGAGCAGCAGGUCCUGGAGGCAAAUCCCAUCUUGGAAGCUUUCGGGAACGCAAAGACCAUCCGUAACGACAACUCCAGCCGAUUCGGAAAGUACAUCGACAUCCACUUCAACAAAAGGGGAGCCAUCGAGGGGGCAAAGAUUGAGCAGUACCUGCUGGAGAAGUCCCGGGUCUGCAGGCAGGCCCAGGAUGAGAGGAAUUACCACGUGUUUUACUGCAUGCUGAGGGGAAUGACGAUGGAGCAGAAGAAAAAGCUGGGUCUUGGGAAAGCCACAGACUACAACUACCUUGCGAUGGGUAACUGCACAACCUGUGAUGGCAGAGAUGAUAGCAAGGAGUACGCCAACAUCCGCUCGGCAAUGAAGGUCCUUAUGUUCACCGACACGGAGAACUGGGAGAUCUCCAAGCUGCUGGCUGCCAUCCUGCACAUGGGGAACCUGCAAUAUGAAGCUCGGACCUAUGACAACCUGGAUGCCUGCGAGGUUGUUCAGUCGGCGUCAUUAAUCACCGCGGCAUCACUGCUGGAGGUUGAUCCUCAGGACGUAAUGAAUUGCCUUACCAGCCGGACCAUAAUCACCAGGGGUGAGACCGUAUCCACCCCUCUCAGCAUGGAACAAGCGCUGGAUGUGAGGGAUGCUUUUGUAAAGGGAAUUUAUGGGCGGCUUUUCGUGUGGAUCGUGGAGAAGAUUAAUGCUGCAAUUUACAGACCUCCUUCCCAGGAACUCAAAAGUGUCAGGAGAUCCAUCGGCCUCCUUGAUAUCUUUGGCUUUGAGAACUUCACUGUGAACAGUUUUGAGCAGCUUUGCAUUAACUUUGCAAAUGAGAACCUGCAGCAGUUCUUCGUGCGCCACGUCUUCAAACUAGAGCAGGAGGAGUACAACCUGGAGAACAUCAACUGGCAGCACAUCGAGUUUACUGAUAACCAGGAUGCCUUGGACAUGAUUGCCAUCAAACCCAUGAACAUCAUCUCCCUCAUUGACGAGGAAAGCAAGUUCCCCAAGGGUACCGAUGCCACCAUGUUACACAAGCUGAACUCCCAGCACAAGCUUAACACCAACUAUAUUCCUCCGAAGAACAACUAUGAAACCCAGUUUGGCAUUAACCACUUUGCUGGAAUUGUUUACUAUGAAACAAAAGGUUUCUUGGAGAAAAACAGGGACACGCUGCAUGGAGACAUCAUUCAGCUGGUGCAUUCCUCAAAAAACAAAUUCAUCAAGCAGAUCUUCCAAGCAGAUGUGGCAAUGGGAGCGGAGACGAGGAAGCGCUCGCCGACGCUCAGCAGCCAGUUCAAACGGUCCCUGGAGCUGUUGAUGAGGACUCUCAGUGUGUGCCAGCCCUUUUUUGUCCGCUGCAUCAAGCCCAAUGAGUACAAGAAGCCGAUGCUGUUUGACCGGGAGUUGUGCGUCCGUCAGCUGAGGUACUCAGGGAUGAUGGAAACUAUCCGGAUCCGCCGGGCCGGCUACCCCAUCCGUUACACAUUUGUGGAGUUUGUGGACCGGUACCGGGUGCUCAUGCCUGGGGUGAAGCCAGCAUACAAGCAGGGCGACCUGCGUGGGACAUGCCAGCGUAUUGCCGAAGCAGUGCUCGGGAAGGAUGAUGACUGGCAGAUUGGCAAGACAAAGAUAUUCCUGAAGGACCACCACGACAUGCUGCUGGAGAUUGAGAGAGACAAAGCCAUCACGGACAAAGUCAUCCUCAUCCAGAAGGUGGUCCGAGGGUUUAAAGACAGGUCUAAUUUCCUGAAAGUGAGAAAUUCUGUCCUGAUGAUUCAGAGGUACUGGCGUGGACAUAACUGCAGGAAGAACUACGGUGCUAUGCGGAUUGGCUUCCUGAGACUGCAGGCCCUAUAUCGAUCCCGCAAGCUCCACAAGCAGUACCACAUGGCUCGCCGGCGGAUCAUCGAGUUUCAGGCACGAUGCCGGGGCUACCUGGUCCGUAGGGCUUUCCGCCACCGCCUCUGGGCUGUCCUCACCGUCCAGGCGUACGCUCGGGGCAUGAUUGCCCGAAGGCUGUAUAAACGCCUACGUGGGGAAUAUCAUCGACGCCUGGAAGCAGAGAAACUUCGACUGGCAGAAGAGGAACGACUCCGAAAGGAGAUGAGCGCCAAGAAAGCCAAAGAGGAAGCAGAAAAGAAGCACCAAGUACGCCUGGCCCAGCUGGCACGGGAAGACGCAGAGAGAGAAGUAAAGGAGAAGGAGGAAGCACGUCGGAAGAAAGAGCUCCUAGAAAAAAUGGAGAAAGCUCGCAAUGAGCCAGUGAACGACUCAGAAAUGGUGGACAAAAUGUUUGGAUUCCUGGGAACGACCUCCUCCUUGCCUGGCCAGGAAGGACAGGCACCCAAUGGCUUCGAGGAUCUUGAGCGAGCUCAGAAGGAGCUGGAGGAAGAGGACCUUGACGCAGCAUUGCCUCUCCCUGAGGAAGAGGAGGAAGACCUCUCAGAGUACAAAUUUGCCAAGUUUGCCGCCACGUAUUUCCAGGGCACAACAACACACACCUACAUCCGCCGGCCUCUCAAGCAGCCUCUCUUGUACCAUGAAGAUGAAGGAGACCAGUUGGCAGCACUUGCUGUAUGGAUCACUGUCCUCCGUUUCAUGGGAGACCUCCCCGAGCCAAAAUAUCAUACAGCCAUGAGUGAUGGUGGGGAGAAGAUACCAGUGAUGACAAAAAUCUAUGAGACUCUUGGGAAGAAGACCUAUAAGAAAGAACUGCAGGCUCUGCAGGGAGAAGGAGAGAGUACUCACAUUGACGGGCACAAGAAGAACAGUGUGCGGCACAAACUGGUCUCCUUAACACUCAAGAAGAAAUCCAAACUGACGGAGGAGGUGACAAAGAGGCUUCAUGAUGGUGAGUCUACGCUCCAGGGUAAUAGCAUGCUUGAAGACCGCCCCACCUCCAACCUGGAGAAGCUCCAUUUCAUUAUUGGUAAUGGCAUCCUCAGGCCAGCUUUAAGGGAUGAAAUCUAUUGUCAAAUCUGCAAGCAGCUGACCCAAAACCCAUCCAAAAGCAGCCACGCCAGAGGUUGGAUCCUGAUGUCCCUCUGUGUGGGAUGUUUUGCUCCUUCUGAGAAGUUUGUGAAGUAUUUAAGGAACUUCAUCAAUGGAGGCCCCCCUGGUUAUGCUCCCUAUUGCGAAGAGAGGCUCAGAAGGACGUUUGCCAACGGGACAAGGACGCAGCCACCCAGCUGGCUGGAGCUGCAG